AAAACCUUGUCAUUAUUGUUUCUCACCAGAUUUCUCUACUUAAAACCCCAAUCUUUUUCUGCUGAUUGCUUUAGGCGUGUAGCAAUUAUUUAUUCAGCUCAAUUUCAUAUAUAAAUUAUGUGGGUUUAAUAUUUCUUUAUCUGGAAAUAACCAAAACCAGUCAGAGUACACUUUCAAGAAAGGCAAUGGCUGUUCAAGCAGAGAAAAUCUAUGUUGCUCUUGGAAAUGAUCUUCAAGAUGGGAUUAAGACCUUGGAAUGGACAUUACGGAAGUGGAAUUCUCAUCAAUUCUCCAUAGUCAUUCUCCAUCUACCUUUCAACACUCCCAUGGACUUUGUUUACACCCCAUUUGGGAAGCUACCUGCAAGUUUUGUGAAUGAUGAGAAAUUGGAAGCUCUUGAUAAGUACGAGAAAGAAAAAAUGAACAAGUUGCUGUCUGAGUAUAUAUCUUUCUGUGGCAAGGUGAAGGUUGAAUUACUUAAAGUGGACAAAUGGGAUGAGCCUAUUCACAAGAUCAUUGUUGAUUUGAUUUCUGCAAAUAAAAUAACCAAAUUGGUUAUGGGCUUCACUUUCUUCAAAUCCUCAUCAUGGAAAAUAAAGAAUUCGAUCAGUGGAUCAUUUUACAUUCACAAGCACAAGCCUGAUUUCUGUGAGUUAUUCAUAAUCUAUGGAGGAAAGCUGGUGUUUCUGAGAGGAGAAAACAAGAAAGGAAUUAUGGAGAAUGGUGAAGGUGUAAUGAUUGCAAAGCUAAGAGAAAAAAACGGUUUCAAAGGCUGGCUUGAAAAAAUGUUCAUUGAAAACCCAUCCAAUUCUCUUGAAAGAGAUACACAUCGUUCACAUUCUUCACCGACGGCCCUUGAUUCUCCAAGUUCACAGAAUCAGUGUGAAAUUCAUAUGAAAGAGAUUGAAAACUAUUACCAGCAUUUGUUGUCACUGAAUUUGGAUGAUGAAGAAGAAGAAGAUUGUGGGCAAGAAGAGAAUGAAGAUUCUCAAACAAAUCCAAUGGAAGCAGAACAUGGGGAAGCUGAUCUGAAUGCUGCAGAAAAUAUCGAGUCCCUUAAAGCAAAAAUCAGGGAAGUUAAAAAGAAAAUCCAAUUGAAGAAAAACGAAGCCAAAGCCAACAUUGACAGAUAUACAAAAGCAGAAAGAGCCAUUUUCUUAAGCAAUCGCCGGGUUGAGGAUCUCCAGGCUCGGAUUAAAGAAGAGGUCAGCAACCGAACUGAGUUACAGAAAGAAUUAGAAGCUGAAAAAGAACAUAUCCAUGAAGUAAUGGGUGAUAUAGAAGAAAGCAAGAACAGGCUAAAUUCAAUAAAAGAACUCCAAUCCGAGCUCUCUAACAAGUUGCAUAUUUCCACAUUGGGAAAGUCACAUGCUGAGGCCCAAGUAGAGAAUGCAGUGAACAAAAGGGCAGAGAUGGUUAGGGAAAUUGAGGAGCUGAGACAACAAAGGGAUGUUCUUCAUCGAAGGAUCGAGUUUUGUCGAGAAAAGGAUGCCAUUGGAAUGGUUGCAAGACUUGGUGAACCCAGCUGUGGUUUCAAGGUAUACACUGCAGAGGAGAUCAGAUUGGCCACAAACGGUUUCUCAGAGCGUUUGAGAUUGAAACCGGGAGGCGAUUGGACCACCGUGUAUAGAGGGAGGAUUGAAAACGCCACGGUUGCGAUCAAAAUCCUUAACUCUGUUAGUGGAUUGUCCCAGGAAGAUUUUCAGGCUAAGGUGAUGCUUCUAAAUCACAUAAAGCAUCCACAUUUGGUGGCAGUGGUGGGGUUCUGCAUUGAGCUAAAAUGCGUAGUGUACGAAUACAUGCACAAUGGGAGCUUGAGGGACAUUUUCUUGAGGGACAUUUUGCAUACCUCCCACACAAACUCCAAGAACAAAAUCCGGACCCUCCAGUGGCACGAACGUGUACGUGUUGCUGCCCAGGUUUGCUCAGGCCUUGUCUAUCUCCACUUGAUGAAACCCAGGCCAAUUGUCCAUGGUCACUUGACCUUGUCCAAUAUCUUACUGGAUCGUAAUCUCGUUGCGAAGAUAAGUGGUUUCGGCCUCACUCAACGCUGUGAUGAACACAGUGUUCAAUCAGAUAUUCGGGCUUUUGGGGUUCUCAUUAUGCAUCUUUUGACUGGACGGAAUUGGACUGGAUUAGUUGAGGCAAUGACUAUGGAUAGAGCAGCGGUGAUCCGGGAUUUAGAUGGGAUGGCCGGACAAUGGCCGUUGUAUCUAGCGGAAAGACUUGCAGGCCUAGCAUUGAGGUGUUUGUCAAGUAACCGAGGGCCCAAUUCAGAUUUGAAUAUGGCAACUGUAAUGGAAGAGCUGAAUGAGCUGAAGAACAAAGCCGAUCAGGAGGUAGUGGCAUGGGAAGGAAGCAAAGCAGAGAUUGAUAGAGAUGGAGAUAGCAGUAUAGCUAGAGAAGACUCCUCUAAAGAUGUACCAAGUUUUUUACUCUGCCCCAUAUUUCAGGAUGUAAUGAAGAAUCCACACGUGGCAGCUGAUGGAUUUUCAUAUGAGCUAGAAGCUAUGGAGCAAUGGCUGAGAAUGGGGCAUAAAACAUCACCAAUGACAAACUUGAGGCUGAAGCACACCUACCUCACACCUAAUCAUGCCCUUCGUUCCCUCAUUCAGGACUGGCAUAAUAAAAAAUCAGUUUCAACCACUUCAUAAACAUUAUCACAUAUAUUUCCAUUCAAUAAAAGGGGCUGAACUAGGCAGAAUGGACUUGAAGUUGCGGAAGAAGCUUAUGAUUUUCCUUUGAAUCGAUGGAGGGAACCCGGGAAUAGGAUGUGAAACAUUUUUAAACUGUACAGGAACUUCGAGAUUUAUUUGAGAUUACUCUAGAGAUUUCAACGGAGAGUUUGUGGAUGAAGAGGCAUAGAAAAAGUUUUGCUAGAAAGAUGUUAAACAAAGUGGAUGAGAAUGAAACAAAUGCAUGAAUUUCCAGAAA